GGCGUAUCUUACCAGAUUCCUGGGGAACAGACAUUCUGCAUCUUACGCAUCGUGAGUUGUGCGGCACACAGAUUGGCUCUCGCCACGUACGAACGUCUGCGCCAGCAUUUGUCCACGGAUCAGAUGGACUGGCAUGAACCGGCGGGCAAACGAGCCCACAGGCGGAGAAGGCCAGGCGCCCACCCGCCGGCGGGUGCCUAGGUGGCCGGCGGGACGGAGGUGCUGUGCUUCUGCUCUUCUCGCUUCCGCCGCUCGUCGACGGCUCACACGGCAGGACUCACACCACAGAGGCGCAGGGCAAGACAGGACUAAACAGGAACCCCGCCCCGCUCCCGUGCAUCGCAUGCCAAUGCCAAUGUCAUUGCCACGCAUGCGGACGACCAAGAACACAUGAACUGAACGAAUCAAAUGAAAAUCACGAACAAAAAUCGAUCGUCGUCAAUAUCUGAGGCACGGCUGGCUGGCGAUCGUCCGUCCCCGCGCUUACCUGCUGUCGUUGGCGUCGGUGGGAAGUGGUGCAUGGGCAGCAAGUGCCCUCAGUGAGAAGGGCCGGGGUUGGAUUAGAGGGAGCGAGAGAGGGGGGCGGAGGGGGGUCGGGGGUACGAUCGGGGUUAGGUUCGGCGAGAAGGGCCCCGCUACCGGUAGGUGGGUAGGUGGUUAUGAUCGGGGUUUGGCGGCUGAUUUGCUGGGAUAGACCCCGCGACUGUGGGGGUUUGCACGACGGUGCCGACUUGCCCGUUUGGUGUCUCGCCACAUGGCUUCACCUGACUGAUGGGGCCAAUGGUGCUGGUGUUCUUCCCUCCCGCUUCCCCCUACCAUAGGCUGUUUCGUGCCACCAUUGAGAGAUAGUGCUACUGUGUUUCUCAGGGCCCCUGCUCUUCCUCCUCUUGCCUUCUCAACCUUCUCCUCCCCAACCCCUCCCCCCCCCCCCCCCCCCCCCCCCCCCCCYCCCCCCCCCCCCCCCCCCCCCCSCCGCUUCUUCUCGUCUGUUUUCUGCCCCACCCGACGUCGGUGUCGGUGCGAGAGCGGCAUAGCGUAACAUCUCGUCUGUUUUCUGCCCCACCCGACGUCGGUGUCGGUGCGAGAGCGGCAUAGCGUAACAAGCUUUUGGCAAUUGGGCGGGGCGGAGGGGAGGACAGGGAAGCGCGGACGCGCAAGCCGUAUCACGCUGUAUCUUACGCAUCUCAGAUCGCAUCGCGGGGUCAGCCACGGCCGAUCGGGUUCGUUGGCCUUUCCCCUACAUGUCCCUUGCUCCCUUCCCCGUUCCUGUUUCCCCGCCUCCUUCAUCAACGAGCGCGUCCAUUCGUGCGGGUCCUUUUCUCUACAUGAGUUAGCUUCUCUCUGCAUCGGUAGCGUCGUGUUGGGCUUGGCGGCACAGCAGUUUUCUGGAUGCCUUCGGGCAGAAGAGGAUGACAGAUACCCGUCGAUCAAGUCAGGGAGGGUAGAGGAAUAGACCGGAGAGGAGGAGGCGGCGGCGGAGAGAAGGGACACAUCAGAGAGUAGGAGAGAGGAGUAGUGUGAAAAAAGGAGGGAAAGGAAAAGUCUCGCGCAGCUGAGAAGGGUGGGGGCGGGAGCCCCGCCGUCACGAUGUCGCGCCCGCCUGUGCGCAUUGUCGUGAUUGGCGACAAGGGAACCGGGAAGUCGUCGUUGAUCGUGGCCGCGGCGACCGAGGAGUUCCCAGAGAAGACGCCGCCAGUGAUACCUCCCGCGCGGCUACCGCCGGAUCUUUUCCCCGACAAAGAAGCCAUGUUGGUCGUGGACACCUCGUCGCGCCCCGAAGACAGGAAGACGUUGGAGGAGGAGAUCCUGAAAGCGGAGGCCAUCCUGCUGACCUACGCCUGCGACAACCAGAGCUCGUUCGAUCGGCUGCACGCGUGGUGGCUCCCUGAGCUGCGCCGUCUUCAUGUCAGCGUGCCCAUCAUCCUGGUGGGCUGCAAGAGCGAUCUGCGUAACGACUCUCAGCCUGGACCCGAUCAGAUGCUGCAGCCGAUCAUGCACGAGCAUCGGGAGAUCGACUCGUGCAUGGAGUGCUCGGCGCAGAAGAUCCAUGGCGUCAUGGACGUGUUCCACCAGGCGGAAAAGUCGGUCCUCCAUCCGAUUGGCCCGCUGUUCGACCAGCGAAAGCUGUGUCUUAAACCUGCCUGCGUGCACGCGCUCAAGCGGAUAUUCAGAUUGUGCGACACCGACAGAGACGACGUUCUCGACGACAUAGAGCUGAACAACUUCCAGAUGAAGUGUUUUGACGCCCCGCUGCAGCCGGCGGAGCUGGAGGGGGUCAAGAGUGUGGUCUUCGACAAGAUGCCCGCCGGUGUCUCGGAUAGGGGCUUGAAUUUGGCCGGCUUCCUCUACCUGCACGCGUUGUUCAUCGAGAAGGCCAGACAGGAGACCACGUGGACCGUUCUGAGAACCUUCGGCUAUGGUAAUGAUCUCCGACUGCGAGAUGAGCUUCUAGAGAACCCGUCGUUCAAGAGGGCGCCCGAUCAGAGCGUCGAGCUCACGCCUGUUGCUAUGGAGUUUCUCAAGCAGAUGUUCCUUCUGCACGACGAUGAUGGCGAUAACGCGCUCAACAGGGACGAGUUGGAAGAGCUGUUCUCCACCUCUCCCGCCAAUCCUUGGGCGUCGGAUCCCAGGUACACAGACUCGGCUGAGGUCAAUGUGCCCAUGGGGGCCCUAACAAUGGACGGAUUUCUUGCGCAGUGGGCGAUGAUGACGCUGCUGGACCCGCGGGCCGCGCUCGCGCACCUCAUCUACCUUACGUAUCCCCAGGACCCGGCGACGGCAUUUGUAGUGACCGAUCGGCGGCGCGGCGACAGGAAGAGGAAACAGACCAAGAGAAACGUUUUCCAAUGCUUCGUGUUUGGCGCGGAGAAGGCGGGGAAGUCGGCGCUUCUUGACCGGCUGCUAGGGAAGCAAUUCGAAGCGGGCCACGUGCGGACGGCGAGCGACAGGUACGCGACAAAUGUGGUGGAAUGUGAGAACGUAGGGGAGGAGGGAGGGAAGGGGACGAAGGUUCUGGUGAUGAGGGAGAUACCAGAUGACAGGGCGAAGAAGGUGCUGGAGGAUGUGAACGAGAUGGCGGCGUGCGACGUGGCGGCGUUCGUGUAUGACACCUCGAGUCGCACGUCGUCGCACCGCGCGCUGGAGUUGCUCGAGAAACUGGCGGAGCACGGGGAGGCCACGUGGAACGAGGUGCCGGCGAUACUCGUUGCCAACAAGGAUGAUCUGGAUCCCGACUCGGUCGCAAUUGGCGCGACGGCGAAGGUCUGUCUGGACAUGGGGCUCGCCAACCCCAUACCGAUCUCCCUGAAAUUGGGCGACACAGCCAACGUCUUUCAACAGAUUAUCGAGGUGGCUAUGAAGCCUCACCUUAGCAUCCCCAUCACUGAGAAGGGCAAGGUACAUAAACGAUACAAGCACAUGUGCACGCAGGCUGUCUAUGCCACAGCCGUAGGCAUGACCGUCUUGGCCGCGGGGUACAUCGUGUACAGAGUUUACACUUCCAGAAAGCAGCAAUGAAAAAGAAGGAAAGCUAUAUAACUGACGUCCUACGACGUGUGUUUCUGUUCACGUGCGUGAAUGUGUAUGCAACAGAGAGCGAGAGCGAGCGAGCGAGAGAGAGAGAGAGAGAGAGAGAGAUUAGUACCCGGCCGAAGGGUGAACUGACCGGAGAGCGGGGUUGAUGCGGAUUGGAGGAGGGGUUGCUGUAAUUGUUUUUGUGACCGACCAUUCAUAAGGUGACACGUGGGAAUCAGCAGACGCUGAACGCGUGAUCAUUGUCUUCCGAGGCUCGACUUUUCUGUUCACGUUAUCGUUGUCAUGCCCCCUGUUGUCCGCUGCUCCCCGUUUCCUUGCUCUUCUCCCAUGUCUGUCAUACGCCUCUCUCUCUCUCUCUUUCCUUUCAUCUCCUUCCUCCCGUUGAAUCCGCCUUGUCUCCUUUCUUCAGUUGUUCCAACAAGAAGUCUCGCUCGUCGUCGUUGGUCAUGUGGUCCACAUUCAUUCACCGUCUUUUCCUUCUUCCUUAUCUCCCAACUACCGCCUUCUCUGUCAGAUGAUCGAGUCUUUUCAUCUCUUAAGGGGGAACUUCAACCAUUCUACUUCCAGCAAUUGAGUUCGCUGUCGCUGUCCGCCGCCAUCCCGGCAAUUGAAUGGGGGUUCUACGCGGCCUGCCUUCAUUUGGUCUUGUUGUGUCUUUCACGCUUUUCUUUCUUCAUUCAUUCUGCUGUCGACCAGUCCUUUUAUUUUCUCCUUUAAUCUUCAUCUCCUGCUGUAGGGUACACGCCGCUUCCCUUUGCACGGAUUUGGUCGCGGUCUGCCUUCAUUUCGUUAUGUUGUUUCUUACACGCUUUUACUUUUUUGUUCAUUCAUUAUGCUGUCGAUCGGUUCUCUUUUCUUCUCUUUAAUCUUCAUCUCCUGCUAUAGGGUACACACCCUUUCCUUUGCACGGAUUUGGUCGAAUUUCUGACUGUCGUAUUUGUUCGGUGGUGCAAUGUUCACGUUCCUCUUCUUGUAAUGACGCGGUAUUCAUCUUUGAUGCCUGUGUUUUGCGUAUGCGCACAUGUA